GGGCCGUCGACGAACAAUUGCAUGGCGUCAAAGGCCAAUGGCGAGAACUGUGGCGUGAAGGAGCGAGAGAUGGGCGUGUCGUCUUCAUCAUGGUGCGUAUGUAACUCUUCAUCAAUAGGACAUGUUGAGGACGUGUCGUUUAUUUUCUUUGUCCCGCUUUGAACUUUUUGGUUGUCAUGUUGGCCUUUACAUCCGUCCGGCUGGUCACAUGACUGCUCAGGUGUCGAGGACCCUGCCUCUUUUAAGUAGAGAGCGGAUGCCAGUCGACAAUUGGCCGCCUCAAUGUCAGCAAACUUCCUGUUCGCGUGAGAAAGACAAGUCAAACCCUCCAAUAGACGGUGUGCCCCACCUAGUUGCCAAAUGCAUCAUCAACUUAAGACUGUUAAAUACCUUCCUCAAAUAAACACUGUGCCGCAAUUCGUCGCAGAAUGCCUCAUCCACUUGUAAUUAAUAUACAUCUCCCUCAAAUAAAUGCCGUGCCCCUAUUAUUCACUGGGAGCCUCUUCCAAUUGUGAUAAUUGCCUCCCUCAAAUAAACAUAGUGUCCCAAUUAGUCGCUGACUGUGUCAUCAACUUGUUAUAAAGAAACGCCUGCCUCAAAUAACAGCCAUUCUCCGAUUAAAUACCGAGUGCAUCGUCAACUUAAUAAUAAGACAAAUAAAUUAGUCACCGGGUUGGUCUUCUAGUUAUAGAAACCCGGCCUCAAUCAGUUGCCGAGUGCAUCAUCUACUUGUAAUUAAAAAAAAAUAAAGAUCACCUCCCUCAAAUAAAUGCUGUGCCCCAGUUAGUCAGCGGGUGAAUCUUCCACUUGAUGAAUUAACCCUACCCUUGAAUAGACACCAUGCCCAAUUAGUCACAGGUGCAUCAUCCACUUAAGAUGAAUAAAUGCCUCCCUCAAAUAGACAGUGUGCCCCAGUUAAUCUCAGGAUGUGGUAAAUGUGACUUGUGGUAGAUAAAUGCCUCAUUUACGAUCAGUAAAUGCCCCACUCAACUAGACGCCGCUGUAACGGACACGCCAUUAAAAGAUGACACCCAGCACCCCAGUCUCGGGCUACCGCCGCUCUCCCCGCCGAGGUAGACGGCCACGGAGUGGCGAGAUUCAACUUCGCAUUCAGACGCGAAGUGAAUUACAAGCCGGGAGCGUCAAAGUGAGACACAGACAUCUGGUUUUGCACGCCGACGCCAAGUGAACUACCAGCACUAGGAGCAUCAAAGCGGAGACAAAAGACACCUGGUCUUGCACCAGAACGCUAAAUGAAUUAACUUCCACUACCAGCCAGCCUGAAGAGCCUCACCAACAACGGCGUCUCCUCCCUGCUGUGUGCCACGACACCUAGCCAGACCGGGACAAUGGACGGGGUACUAGCGACAGCCAGGGCGGCGGAACGCACUGCAAACGCGGGUUCACUAACCACAGACUUCACUGGACUUGACUGGGAUCUAAUAUUUUAAGAACUUUACAUGAACGCCACUAGUGACUGUAUUUAUGCGAACUUCAAUGUCUGAUGUCGAAUCUGUUGUCAACCGAGCCAGAUGAAAUGUUUCACUCCACACCACACAAAUGCCACAUUGCAAAUAUUAAUUGCAGUGUUAUCAACAAUCACAACAUUUCAAACAUUCGUUGCAGGGAUUAAAGAGGAUGGGCGUGUGACAAUGCAAAGCGGAACAAUGGUCUCGUUAUCUUAAAUCCAAUAAUGAAUAUUUUAUUCCACUGGUUUUAAACCACAAAUUAUACUAAGAUGAAAUGCAAUUCUAGAGGCGCGGUCUGCCUUCCAUUUGGUCAGAAGGGGCCGGCCGCACUCUCUGAAGCGGAUAAAAGGCCCAACCUGCUUUGGCGCUCUCACUCGCGCUCUCGUUGUUCCACCAGACGUAGGCCUGGCCCAGCCUGGGGAGCCCCCAACCUCUCACCACGAGGUGGCGGAGGCUGGGAGAUGCCGAACUGGCAGCGUGAACCGCAAAAGGCACCUGCCAACUACCCAACGCUACCCCUUUUGGGUGUGCGGCAGUUUACGGAUGAGGCUGCGUUGGGAAGUAAUUGUGGUGCAAAUUCUCCCUGACCGCCUGCCAAGCAUUGCCACUGCCAGCGUGCCGGCCAACCUGCGCUUGAAGUGCAUCUUUUUUCUCUUUCCUUCCUUUCCCUUCAAACCAUCCCUCGUGAGCGCUCUUGCCAACGAAGGUCGACCUGAAUUGGUCAACACACGUAAGUCAAACUUGCGGUCUACUAAAAGUACAGAUUAGUUAUUAUUGUUUAUUUAAUAUCAGAAAGUGUACAAAUUGUAAUCAUUUAAACUACAGCAUUCUCUCACAGACAUUAUAGAGGAACUUAAUCUACACAUUUGAAAUCUGUUCCUAACCAAAACAGCGCCUCACAAAGGGAAUAAACAGUCUCUCAGAUGAAUUAAAGUAUAACAAUUUGAAAUAUAUUCUUAUUAAAUGCAUUUGUUACAUAAAAGGGCCUGCUCUGUCAUGAGGGCCUUAGCUCUGAUUGAUAUUGAUUGAUAUUCUGCAGUCAAAGCAAGUGGCGUAAAGUAGCCCCCAUCGACACACCUCUGUAUCAUGUUGUGCAGGAAGCGUCGGUGGUUGACCUGCCGCUUGGAGGGACGGUUCUUGCGGGGCUUCUGGAGGGUCCUCAUCAUGUGACCCGCCGCCGACGUCACAAACGUGUACAGAUCCCGACCCCAGGGCACCCCCUGCUCCAGCCCGGGCUCCAGCGUCACCGAGACGGACGGUUGCAUGCCUUGGACAACAAACAUGAGACACUGCGCUUAUGAUAAUGCUUGCAGUUUUAUUUCAAUUUAAAUCUAUAGUACACACCAGCGAUGUCCAAACCUUUUUCAUGGAGCAUCACAUACAAAAAAAUAGAAGGAAAAAGGAGAGUGGCCAUGCAUUUGUUACUCAUGCUAAAACCUAAUCUAAUAGACUGUAGGCCAACAUUUUCCAAGCAGUUUAACAUAUUUGAAAAUAAAAAUGUAAAAAACGCAACCCUCAAGUGUUAAAAAUGCAACCCUCCACUUUUCCAUGUUUUUUAAAGCAAUGAAAUAUCUUGUAACAUUCAACUUUUAAGAACAUUUUCGUGUGUGAUAUCGUGUAACUGUUUUUUUUUUUUUUUUACCAUUUUAAAUUGUAAUAAAUUACAAAUUUUCAUUACACGUUUUGAAUAUUUUGUUUAAAAUUAAAAAUAAGAUUGCAUGAAAUCUGGUUGUUUUAGUUGGGAUUGUGCUAAAAUAAACCAAUAUGUAGUACAGUGGACCCCCACCAAUAGCCGGACCGCAAAUAGUGAAAAUCUGUGGAUAAUUGACACCCACUAUAAUUGCAUCGAAAAAAGAAAAGGAAUUCUUGAAUAAGCGGGGAUAAAUUGUCAAUAAGUGUUUUGAGGAUUGGUUCCCCUCAAAACAAAAAACAAAAGAAGAAUAAGAUGAAAUACAAUUUGAAAGGAAUUAAAAAUCUAUAUAUACUGUGAAAAGGUGAAUCCACAGUUGCCAAACCACGAUUAUGCAGGGGUCCACUGUAUAUACAGUUUAUUUUUUUAACUCAGUUUUCACACAGGAAAUCACAAUGACUAAAUUAUUUUUACGAUAGUCAGGAUGUAAGAAAUCAGUCCUCCCUCCCCUAGGCACCUCCUCCCAGUAAACCAAUAAAUGUAAGAAUGAAUAAAAAAUAAUUACAUACACAAUCAACCGUAGAACCAGAUAGUAAUCAGAAUAAGAGGACAUAGGGAAAUUGGAAAGAAAAAAAACCAUUUGUAAAUAAUACAAAAAAUCUUGGGAUAAUGUAUAAAAUGAGAUUAUUUUCACGGUGCCGUGAUCUGCCAGUCUGUGUUAAAAUAAGACAAAAAGCGAUUCCAGAUCUAAUCAAAUGAUGUAGAAAUACAUGCUAUAUUAAGAGCCAACAUUCAAUUUUGUAAAUUGUGUUUAUUCAUGUUUCCACCCCAUAUUUUCUGUUAAUUUCCAUCAAUCCCCAUUAAAUGUUUAAAUUUGAAAUAAAAUCUGGAAUUUUUCAACCCUAAAAGAAUAAUGACUUAAAAAUUCAUACCUGUCCUGUUGCUGUUUUGUCGUCGAUGAGGUUUGAGCCUUGGAAGUCGUCUGUCACUGAGUGCAUGUGUGCGCUUGCUAAGUCAUGUGACAUCAGUUCAAACAUCCCACUUUUUUUUUUCUGCUACUCGGCACCCAUCCACCCACCUGAGCAUCCUGAAUGGAAUCCCGCUUGCUAAGAAUCAUACACCAAGACAGGCAAUUAUCUGAGGAGUCAAACAAUGGCCACGCGUGCGCCAUUGUUUGGCGCACAAAAGGCCGCUUGCCUGGAAAACUGGUCUGCAGUUCUUAAUUGUGCUGCUUCAACCGUGACCCUCAUUAGCACAUUCUCAGAGGGAAGAGUCAAAGUGGUUGCUAGUGCCUUUAAUUGACCUGCGCCAUAUGCGCAAACACUUUCCGAGUGAUGACUUUAACAUAUCUAUGGCAGCGGCAGAAGCGGGUGGGACAAUUUUGGACAAACACAGCAGACAAUGCAGGGCAAUUAUUUGAUUGGAAGAAAAUGGACUUGAACGCUAUAACUGCAGUAAAGCAUGGGCGUGGCAGGAGCAUGUGUCGGGGCUGUUUUUCUUCAGCUUGACCUGGAGGCCUUCAUAGACAAGGUGGAAGGAAUUAUGAACAAUUCCAAAUAGUAAUCAGUGUCAGCACGAAAGCUUCAGGCUUCUGCUAGACAUGAAAGCCUACUAGAACAGCUUUAUUUGGGGUUAACAGAGGCACUCAAAAUGGUGGCAGGUGUGCGCUGACUCCCUUUUAACUUAAGUUUGAAUGAUUGGUCAAUUCUGAGCACAACCACAUCCCCAAUUAGAAGAGGGUGUGCACACUUGUCCGACCACAUGAUCGCAAUUGUGGAAAAAGAAAUAAAUGGAGUUUUCCAGGUCAUAGGCCACAUUGACGGCGGAAGAAAGAUCUUGGUCUCAUUUCUUUAAAUCACAAAAGUCUGGCAUUUGAAAAAGGACACCUGAAAAAUCUACUUAACUCCAGUAAGGAAGUAUUCGUACUAGAUUACUUCCCACCACCGACUGAUAAAACAUCUUAUCAGCAGGCGUCUUUAACAGGGGGAGGCUGAACUUUGACCCGCUGAGAAGGGCCUCAAAGAUUGAUUUCAGCUCCUCCUCAUUUUACAGAGCCAAUCAAGAAGAAGUCGGCGCCUCUCUUGGAGGAAGUUGGAAGAGGAGUCACGUUACGAGAUUACCACCAUGAGCAGGGCCUGGGCUGCGUUCAGGGCCCAUCCGUACAGCAGCAACGUGGCGGGCUACACAGCACUGUUCGCCUCGGCCGACCUCUUCCAGCAGCGCGUGUUGGGACGACGAGACGCGUCGCAGGCCUCCGCUGCCGUGGACUGGCGUCAGACGGCCCGAGUGGCCACCGUGGGCUUCUGUUUCCAUGCCAACUUCAACUACCAGUGGCUGCGCUGGCUGGAGAGGGUGCUCCCAGGGGGCGGGGUCAGGGCAGUGACGGGGAAGGUGGUGGUGGAUCAGCUGGUGGCCACACCGCUCACCAUCACUGCCUUUUAUAUUGGCUUGAGUUUACUAGAAAACAAAGAUGAUCUACUUGCAGACUGGAAAGAACAAUUCUGGACGUCUUACAAGACUGGUGUGGUGUUCUGGUCAACAAUGCAGGCUGUGAACUUUUCCCUGGUCCCCCCAGUAGCUCGGACCGUGUUCCUCGGAGGCGUCGCUCUCGUGUUCACCAUUUUCCUGUGUCAUCUCAGACAGCAGAAGGACCACAAACUUGAAUAAACUUUAAACACCAUUUGUACUCAGUGACCAUGCAACUACUGUACUAUGAUUUGUUGUUGUUUUUGGGUUUUUUUUUGCUAAUGAUUUUAAUAGCACGUCUACCGUUAUAGUUUACUAGCAUAUUAAUGGUUUUGUCAUAGUACAGUAUGUGAUUAAAGCCCUAUAUAAAAUGUCA